AUGUCGUCCUCAAGCGUCAUCAAUGAUUUCUGCCCUGGGAGAACGGGUCUUGAGCUUGGAAAGAACAGUUUCAGAUCCGUCCAACACUUCAGCUUCACGUGGAGAAAACUACUCGAAAAAAGGAGACUGGAUCAGAUCUCCUGUCCAAAAAGCUCCCCUCAGUCUCCCCUCGAGAUCUGUGCCAUCGGAUCAACCACCCACCAUGCGGAACAAGCCCGAGCCGUCAUACAAGGAGAAUUGAACGGAAAUGAACGAAUGGACCGCGAACGUCAGUCAAUCCUCAGAUCCGCAUUGCAAUUUGUGGAUGUCAUGGCGCAGGGGCGCGGCAUAUCCGACAAAAGUUCACCCUCGUUAGGCGUGUGCGGUGGAGAUCUGCUUGAUGAGAAUGCUUCUAUUGCUCCGUCUCCAGAGCUAUUUUACAUGCUACUCCCAGAACCGACCACGGCCACUGGAACCGGACGGUCAAGUUCCAUAAAAUGGCCAGAUCACAUUUCGGACAAAACUUUGGAGAAGAUGGCCUCGACUGUUCUCAGUGACCGGGAUAAGGACCAUGGGCAGGUCUUUUAUCAGUAUUGUGUCUGUGUCUAUGUGAAAGCCAUCUUUCACCUAUUCCAGAAACCGAGAGCGUAUAAGGACCCACGCAUGAACGAGCAAUUUCUCAGGUCGAAGAAAUUGUAUGAAGUUUCUGCUUUCCGAGCUCUUAAUAGUCUCAACUUUUUGAAUGCUCCGACUCUGCCUUUUAUACAGUCUCUGAUAUCUGCGGCAUUGUUCAUGCAAUAUCUCGGCAACAUGAGCCAGUCCUGGAUUCUCAACUCCUACGCCGCUCGUCUCAUUGUCGCUUUGGAUUAUCACGAAGUUCGCAAUCCACUAGGAAACUCGGAGCUAGACGAGGAAAUUCAUAGCGUUGUAUACUGGUGCUUUUAUCUUGAUCGGACUCUCAGCACACUCCUUUAUCGACCUCUGUCAUUGCCUCAGCCUCGCAUCUCACCAACACAUCUAAUAACAGCUGAUCAAUCCCUGCCACAUAUUCCUCUGAUCCGCAUCUUGUUGGACCUAGCACAGAUCCAAGGUGAGCUUUUGGACUGUGGAAAGGCGGGUGAUACUCGCCAGAUACUUCAGAAUCAUUCCCGACUACAAGAACGGAUGGAGAUCAUACACUCGAGACUGGAGUCUUCUCGAACUUCAGCGCCUGAUCUUGUCUCUAGUGACUGGAUCGCGGGCGAUUUCUGUUACUACGCCAUCUUAGUGGACGUUCUUCGGUCACGCUUGAAAUAUGCCUUUUCUCCGUUGACGCACAAGGAAUGUGUCUCCUAUUCCCGCAAAUCUCUCAAAGCCCUCCAUCAUCUUCAGAAGAACCUGGAGCACACGCCGGGUUUUGUUGAUCCAUAUCCCUCAUUUUUGACAUGGACCGUUCUUCUAUAUCCCCUGAGUCCAUUCUUCGUUCUAUUCUGCAACAUCAUCGGCGAGCUGGACAUGGACGAUUAUAAUCUUAUUCAGGAUAUCACACACAGCUUGUCCCAAUUCACAGCUAGUCCAUAUAUCGCUAAGUUGCUCAAACUUCUCGACACUUUACAGAGUCUCUGCAUGCCCUUGGUCCAAGCCAAAGAGCGCUUGGGUCCACAGGCCAAACUGGCUUCUUUAUAUCCGGCCAUGGCCACGCGACGGGGCCAGUGGCUGACAGGGGAUCAAUUGCCAAUUCGGGACCAGCUGGCGAUGCGAGACCAAUUGAUGUCACAGGAUCCUACUUAUUCAACAGAGUCGCCAUUUGGAGAAUCUGGCAACCUUAAUUCUCAGCAGUUGCAGACUCCCGAGGAGAGUUAUCGUGACGAGGAAAUGAUGUGGCAAUUAUUUAAUAGUCAACUCUCUCUGGAGUGGUUUGAGUCGGAGCCUUUCUCUUUUCAGGGAUAUACAUAG